AUGAAUUUGAAGCUGAUAUCUGAGGAUGAGUCAAUCCUUCGUCUUUACCAAAAGUUUGGCUUGGAUCAGUUGGAGGGAAAUCAGCUUCGAUUUUUGAUUUUGCAGAUUCUCGAAGUCGCCAGCGGUCCUGGCUUACACACGGUUGAUAAGGUGCGGGAAUGGGUUCCAAAGUUGAAUCCAAACAGUGCGGUGGACACGACAACAUCGGCGAUAGAGAUUAAGAAUGUGCUGAGCGAGAAAUUGAAGGAUGAUGCGCUCAGUGAAAAGAAAACGCAGCUGCUGUCUCUGGAGGAACAAAAGAAGCAAGCGGAGAACUCCAUUCAGAAUCUGGGUUCGGAUCUGUACUACGGCCCUCGCAAUGAAUUUUACAAGAUGAAGGGACAGUGUUACAAGAAGACGAUUAAUAAAUAUGUGUACGAGGUUUGCCCGUAUGGAAAUGCAAAGCAGGACUCGACUUCUUUAGGACGGACUUUCCAGAUUGUGAACAAAGAUAACGAGGAAAUCAAAACGCUGGGCUGGGAUGUUCAUGUGAACGAGCAGAACCAGAUGAGCAACGGAGACGUGUAUUUCUAUUGGAAAGGAGGUUCCCAAUGCUGGAACGGGCCUCAGAGAAGUUUGAAACUGAAAUUGGUGUGUCAUGCCUCGGUGGAGGUGCUUCAGUUAAUCGAGCCGUCCAUGUGUGUUUACGUUGGAGAACUUGGCACUCCAGCUGUCUGUCCUCUAUAA